GGGAGAGAGAGAGGCAUGUGCAACGAGCAAUAGCUGUGGACCUUACAGUUGCUGCUAACUGCCCUGGUGUGUGUGAGGGAGAGAGAGAGAGGAAGGGAGGGAGGGAGAGAGAGCGCGCAGCGCGAGAGAGCGAGUGAGCAAGCGAGCAGAAAAGAGGUGGAGAGGGGGGGAAAUAAGAAAGAGAGGAGGAAAGGAGAGAAGGCAGGAAGAAGGCAAGGGAGGAUACAACCAUGCUGUGCUGUAUGAGAAGAACCAAACAGAUGAUGAAAAACUUGCAAGAUAGGAUCUGAGUCCAUGAAGCCAGAAAACUAUGAGGUUGAAAAAAACGAUGAGGACCAAAAGAUCGAACAAGAUGGCAUCAAACCAGAAGAUAAAGCUCAUAAGGCUGCGACCAAAAUUCAGGCUAGCUUCCGUGGACACAUAACAAGGAAAAAGCUCAAAGGAGAGAAGAAGGGCGAUGCCCAAGCUGCUGAGGCUGAGGUGAGUGAGAAGAAGGAAGAUGUCCCUGCUGCUGCUGGUGCCGAAAAGAAGGAGGGAGAAGGUUCCACUACCACCGAGGCAGCCCCAGCCACUGGUCCCAAGCCUGAGGAAUCUGGCAAAGCAGGAGAAACUCCUUCCGAGGAGAAGAAAGGGGAGGGUGCCUCCGAUGCUGGUGCAGAGCAGGCAGCCCCCCAGGCCCCUGCCCCCUCAGAGGAGAAGGCCGGCUCUGCUGAGACAGAAAGUGCCACUAAAGCUUCCACUGACAACUCGCCGUCCUCCAAGGCAGAAGAUGCCCCAGCCAAGGAGGAGCCUAAACAAGCCGAUGUGCCUGCUGCUGUCACUGCUGCUGCUGCUGCCGCCACCCCUGCUGCAGAGGAUGCUGCCACCAAGGCAACAACCCAGCUUCCAACGGAGACUUCGGAGAGCAGCCAAGCCGAGGAGAAGAUAGAAGCUGUAGAUGAAACCAAACCUAAGGAAAGUGCCCGGCAGGAGGAGGAUAAAGGAGAAGAACGUGAGGUGGACCAAGAACAUGCCUGAACUCUAAGAAAUGGCUUUCCACGUCCUCACUCUCCCCUCUCCGGGACCCUGUCUCUCCCUCCCUCUUCUCAGCUCCACUCUGAAGUUUCCCUUCCUGACCUGCUCACAUCCGUGAGUCCGUCCUCUCCCACCCACUAGCCCUCUUUCUCUCUAUGUGGCAAACAUUAAAAAAAAAAAAAAGCAGGAAAGAUCCCAAGUCAAACAGUGUGGCUUAAACAUUUUUUGUUUCUUGGUGUUGUUAUGGCGAGUUUUUGGUAAUGAUGAUCCAAUCAUUUUGGGAAAUUCUUGCACUGUAUCCAAGUUUUUUGAAUUGGUGCGCGUGGCCCUGUGGGAGUCCACUUUCCUCUCUCUCUCUGUUCCAAGUGUGUGUGCAAUGUUCCGUUCAUCUGAGGAGUCCAAAAUAUGAAGUGAAUUCAAAAUCAUUUUUCUUUUUCUCCUUUUCAAUGUGAUGGAAUGAACAAAAAGAAAAAAAAAUCAAAAACCCAGUUUGUUUAGAAAAUAAAUAAAGCAAAUGUGCCAAUUAGCGUAACUUGCGGCUCUAAGGCUCCUUUUUCAAUCUGAAUAUUAAUAAAUCAUGAGAAUAAUCAAA